AUGAAGACUAAAGACAGCAACACAUCUGUGUUCACUGUGGAUGUCAAGGCCAACAAGCACCGGACCAGAGAGGCUGUGAAGAUGCUCCAUGACAUUGACAAGGCCAAGACUAGUGAGACCCUCUACUAUGAUGUUGGAAAGGGCUGCUGGCCCCGCCCCUGCCCGCGCCCCGCCCCGCCCACCGGGCCGACCACGCCCCUGCCCGCGCCCCGCUCCGCCCACCGGGCUGACCACGCCCCUGCCCGCGCCCCGCCCCCCCCACCCGGCUGGCCCCGCCCCGGCUACCUUCUGCCUUCCCGCUUCACUGGUCCCGGGCUGUCAGGUCGGCAGAGGCCGCUCGAACCCCGCAGUAGAGAGCCCUUCCGCAGCCCGGGGACGCGGGCCCUGCCCUCACAGGGGAGACGCUGUCCCCGAGGCAAGGGACACGUGUCCUUCCAGGAGCUGCCGGCCUUGGAGGGCGUGGCCGUGCGCGGAGGGAUGAGUUGUGUCCCCAAAAAGGACACGUUCAUCCCGAUCCCUGGCCCUGUGGAUGUGACCUUGCUUGGAGACGGGUCUCCACAGCUGUACCUGGUUCGAACCGCAGAGAACAAGUUUUGCGGUGCUGUCUUGCAGCAGCCCUGCAGAACUAGGAUGCUCUGUGCCCUGGAGGGAGAAUCGGGGUGCUUGGCCCCUGCUCGGAGAGGCAUUGCUGAGCUGCAGGAGCCCGGCCCCCCUGGGGUGGGAAGACCCCCUUCCUGGUGCUCCGGAGCCGGCCAGGGUGGUCAGGAGCCCGCUCAAGCAGACAUGCCAAGGCUACGCAGGGACCCCCGGGAGACAGACAUGACGGGGCCACAGCAGAGCCGUGAACCCAGGUCCGGGCCUCUGAAUCGCCCCGCUGGAGCAAGUGCAGGCCUCACUGGUCGUGAAUACGCCGGCCCGGAGAUCGAGGAGUGCCCCAGAGAGGCCGUCAAGGUGAAUGGCGGCCAGGGCCACCCAAGGAAGGGCCAACUGUGGGCGGGGUCGGGGUCGGGCGGGGCGCGGCGCUCACUUCCGGCCGGCGCGCGCGGGCGGCCGCCUCCGGGCGCGGAAGGUCCCAGGUGCGCACACCUCCAGGAGGCCUCAGGGAAGAUGGCGGCCCUGGGGGACGACCAGGAGCCCCCUCCUGCAGUGUCCCCUGUCAGUGUUUCGUCACCAGGGAUGCCUCCUGGAGCCCACCACGAGGCCCUGCUCCACCUCCACGAUCGUCCACAUGGCUCCCCCAGCUCCAGCCCCAGCCCUGAGGGCUUGUCCCAGCCGCAGAGGGAAGAGGAGCUCCCGGACCUGGGUCUCCAGGACGUCCGGGAGGUGGAGAUUGGGAGGGACACGUGCUGGCCCGCAGGUUCCGAGUCUGAGCCCGAGUCAGCGCCGUCGUCCCCGCACCCGGACGCGCCUGAGGACGGGGAGGCGCUGAGAAGCCUCCUGCGGGACAUUCCCCGGAGACCGCAGCGCGGGGACAGCCUCGGGCCGGAGGCCGGCUUGGCGCCCGGGGCCGCAGCCCGAGCCCCGCGGCGGGGCGGCUGGCGCGUGGGGAGCGCGGGCAGCCCGCGGGGAGCCAAGCCCCACCGCUGCGAGGCCUGCGGCAAGAGCUUCAAGUACAACUCGCUGCUGCUGAAGCACCAGCGCAUCCACACGGGCGAGAAGCCCUACGCCUGCCACGAGUGCGGCAAGGCCUUCCGCGGCUGGUCCGGCUUCAUCCAGCACCGGCGCGCGCACACCGGCGAGCGGCCCUACGAGUGCGGCGAGUGCGGCCGCGCCUUCAGCCACAGCUCGCACUUCACGCAGCACCUGCGCACGCACAACGGCGAGAAGCCCUACAAGUGCGGCGAGUGCGGCCAGGCCUUCAGCCAGAGCUCCAACCUGGUGCGCCACCAGCGGCUGCACACGGGCGAGCGGCCCUACACCUGCAGCCAGUGCGGCAAGGCCUUCAUCUGGAGCUCCGUGCUCAUCGAGCACCAGCGCAUCCACACCGGCGAGAAGCCCUACGAGUGCGCCCAGUGCGGCAAGGCCUUCCGCGGCCGCUCCCACUUCUUCCGGCAUCUGCGGACCCACACGGGCGAGAAGCCCUUCGCCUGCGGCGCCUGCGGCAAGGCCUUUGGCCAGAGCUCCCAGCUCAUCCAGCACCAGCGCAUCCACUACCGGGAAAAGCCAUGGAAGUGCAGCACCUGUGACAGGAGCUUCAAAUGCUAUUCUGAUGUGGUGAAACAUCAAAGCAUUCAUUCUGGGGAGAAGCCCUAUGAGUGCAGCGACUGUGGGAAAGCCUUCAUCCACAGCUCCCAUGUAGUCAGGCAUCAGAGAAUUCACAACGGAGAGAAGCCUUACAUUUGUAAGGAGUGUGGGAAAGCCUUCAGCCAGAGCUUCAACCUGAUUAGACACCAGAGAAUUCAUACUGGUGAAAAACCUUAUGAGUGUGCUGAGUGUGGCAAGUCCUUUAGUCAGAGAUCAGAUGCUCUAAAGCAUCAGAGAAUUCACACUGGAGAGAGACUGUAUGAAUGCAGUGAGUGUGGGAAAACCUUCAUGCAUGGUUCAAAUGUCAUUCGGCAUCAGAGAAUUCACCAUGGAGAGAAUCCCUAUGAAUGUAAGGAAUGUGGAAAAGCCUUCAGCCAGAGUUCCAACCUUAUCCAGCAUCAGAGAGUGCACACUGGCGAAAAGCCCUAUGAGUGCCAUGAGUGUGGCCGCGCCUUCAGCCGCAGCUCCUUCCUCAGUGAGCACCAACGUAUCCAUACCGGUGAGAAGCCCUACGAGUGCAACGAAUGCGGGAGGGCCUUCAGGGCACUCUCGGGCUUCUUCCGGCACCAGAGAAUUCACACGGGAGAGAAGCCUUUCCACUGCACGGAGUGUGGGAAGGCCUUCCGCCUGAGCUUCCACCUUAUCCAGCACCAGAGGAUUCACAGCAGAGAGUAAACCUGCAGUGGAGUGAAUAUGGAACGGAAAAAAUGUGUGGGCAAGAUUGGAGGGGGUGGGUGUGACACCCAUUAAAAUUCUUCCCAUACCUAGGGAUAUGUUUAUUUCAUUCCACAUGCAGUGAGGAAAUAAUAAAGCUGUCUUUGUAGCUUAAACCCCGCCUAUGCGAAAGCCUUCAGAAAUGUCUGCUGCCACCUUGUUCAGGGGCAGUCAAAGAGGUGUCUUAGGACAGGCCAACGUUAGGUCAGGAGAUGGGGGCGUCUGGACCAGGCUCUUCUGCCUGCUGUCCUCUGCUUACAUGUCUCCUCUGCCAACAUCCUGCUGUCCCCCCCACCCCAAAUGCACUCUCUUCUGUGAAGCCUCCCAGCUCUCUCCCACUCCUCCAGCCUCAUUCACCUGCAAUUAAGUUCUUUCAUUUUCAUGGCACUUUGUUUUUAUUUUUCCCUGAGAUAUAGUUUACAUGUGGUGAAAUGCACAGAUCUCAAAUGUUCAGUUUCAUGAGUUUUAGCAUAUGUAACCUGAUUUAACCUUUGUAACUACCACACUCUCAGGGUACAGACUAUUUCCGUCAUCCCAGAAAGUUCUCUAUGCCCCUCCUCAAAUCAACCCACCCCUUCUCCCAGAGGCAACCACUGAUCUGGUUUCUGACACUAUAAUUAGUUUUGCUGGUUCUAGAAUGUUAUAUAAAUAGAACAACAUAGUAUAUACUCUUUUUAAUGCAAUUUUAUUGAGAUAUAUUUACAUACUAUACAAUCAUCCCAAGGGUACAAUCAGUUGUUCACAGCAUCAUCAUAUA